AUGAACAGGGAUCAGCUAAAGGAACUUCUUAAAGGUUUGACUACAUCAUUCGCCCAAGUUACAACUAUCAUUGCAAACUCUAAAAAGAACUCUGAAGACAGGAAGAAGUUAACUCAUAUAAAGAUUUUAAUCUUGAAGCACAAAGAUCAGACUAUAGAGGUGCCUAUCUUUCAUACUGGUCUGGAAAGCUUGAGAGAAUCUAGAAAGAACGAUUGGGAAAAAGGUAGUGGCGACACAUUUGAUAAGUUUACAUAUGAAAAUGAACAAUUAGAUGAGAUCGAUGGAUAUUACACCUUAGAAUCUGAUGAUAACGAAAUCGACCUCUAUAAAUGGUUAGAAAAAUUCACCCAAGCCGACAUCUUGAGUAACAAGGAGAAAGAAAAGGCCCACGUUUUCUUUAAGAAAGAAAGUUGCUUGCUCACUAUAGGCCUCGAUAGAUUAGGAACCACCAGCCUUAUAACUCAUCAUAUAGAUACUGGUGAAGCUCAGCCCAUUAAGCAGCAUUUUUACGUGACAUCUCCUGAUGAACAGGAAUUCUUAGACAAGAAGCUAAAGUCAUUGGAAAGACAAAGGAUAAUUGAAAAUAAUAGGGUAGAAGUAGAUGUUAGUGUACAGAAAUGUGGGUAUGCCGAGUGGAGUGUUGAAAACGUAGAACUAACCGUUCAUUAUGACAAUGAUGAAUGGAACGAUAAGAAGGAUGAUAAGGACAAAGAUAUAAAGUUGGAAGAAUACCUAGAGUUAAGGGAUGAUUCAAUAGAAAGUAUAACUGCCAUUGGUGUAAAUAGGCUUGAAAUCCAAGAUAGUCCUAUGGUAAAGUAUACCAUGUAUUUUCCCGCUCAACCAAACUCAACAAUUACACUUUAG